CUGCUGUUGUAGGAAAAAAGAGGGGGCCCUUGUAAACUUAUGGUGUUACUAUUAAUUAUGGUGACACAAAGGCCUUUGUAGUGGAAGUGCAGUGCACUAUAUAGCGUCGCAUGCUUAACAGUUGUAUCAGUACUGCGCUUAACACAUUGGACAUUCAUAGAUGAAUACCUGUGGUAAAGCAGUCUCUCUUUUUGCCGACACAGUUGUAUAAAAAAGAACAUUUUGACAAUCAUGGCGACAAAGAAGAGGAAAGCCAUUCAGUCACGCCCCUUUCACUUCAGGAGGGAGGCUUCUUUAAAUGCCCAAGCUACAAUCAAUGUUUUGUUUGAGAAGGAGCUGGUGCCAGUGAAAAGACUGAAACUGGACACUGAACCAGGAAGUGUUCUUAUCCAGACAAAAAACAAAGCAGGAAAAAGGCAUUCUUCUGUGAUAGACGGAGAUAAGUUGCCACAAAAGGGAAAAGAUGCAAAAUCAAAAGCAAAGGAAUCAAGAAGCCAGCUCCUGCAGGUUGUGACGUUGAGGUCAAAAGACAGGAAGAAGAGACAAACGGGAGAUGGUUCCAGAAGGAAAGGUAGAAUAAACUUACAUUCAACGGGAUCAGACACAGUUGGGAGUGAUAGUGACAGUGAUGUGACAGACAGUGAACUGAUUUCAGCAAGGAAAAAAUAUUGUGCAAGGAGAGUCAACUCCCCUGUGAAAAAAGGAUCCAAAGUGCAAAAAAAUUCCAAAAACAGUUCAAAAGCAAGGAACCCCCCCAGCAAAGGUGUCUCGGCAAAUCAAAAGGAGUCUCACAAAAAUUUCACAGAUGGUGAUGACUCACGGAGAAGUGACUCUGAAAUAGAAGAUGGCAGUGUCUCUCCCUCUAAGUUGGGAAAGAAAAAAAUAAUUUCCAAAGGUGACUGGGAAAGCUGGCGGCAUUCAAGACGUCUGGCUAGUUUGAAUGCUCAGGCAAUUUUAGCUGCCAGUUGCGAAUCUGAACCUCGUAGUCCUAAGAAAGAACAGUCACCUAAAAGGAAGAAAAAGAUUGAAGACAAUCAAAAAGACCUGUCAUCCGCAGCAGAGGAAAAACAAGGAAGAAGGAGAUCGGAAAACUCUAAAAAUAGUUUGGAUAAAGGGAUUGUGAAGGAAAAAAUAAAAGAGAUUGUGAAAGACGUCAAGUUGGAGCCAGUGGUCAAACUUGAACCUCUUUCCAAAUCUCCCAGUGGUGACUUCCCUGUUUGUGCUCACUCCCAAGUGGGGCUCUCAUCCGGAGAUGGGUCAAUCCACUGGACCAACAAGGCAAUGGUGCAGCAGACAACAGACGACAGGGGAUGCUCACCUGUAAAAAACACAGCAUUUCACAGAGUCAAUCGAACUGCAGUCAUUCAGCCUCAGCCUAUAGGUGGCAGCACUCACAAUAGUCACCAUUUACUAGGAGGCUACUUUGGCCAUCCAGGCUCUGCCAGCCAGGGGUCGCCAAGCCACGCCCAGUGUUUGCCAUCUGGUUGUGGGUACCCUGGGGUUCCCAUCAUCCCUAGCACCACACAGUGCCAGUCCUUCACCCUGGGGGGCCUGGGGAGUAUCAGUACACUGAUGAUGUACUCGCCUCGGCAGAUGGGAAGUGCUUUCCGUGUGCCACCCCACUAUGCUGCUCACGCCCCACCGCCACUGUAUCCAAAUGCAUGUUACUACCAGCCAGCUGGUCCAUUAAUACAAGCAGUCCCGGAUUCCUGUGUGUUGUCCCACGGGAUACCAGUCCCCAUUCCACACAUCCCACCUAAUGUUAAGUCCAUGGCAAGUCCACAACCCACCUUAAUGACAGGAUCAUCCAACCAGCAGGUCGGAAAUAACCCCACAGAAGUGCCGAGGGAAGGCAACACCUGGGCACUGCCGGAGAAUAAACGAAAAGAAAAGACUGAGACAAAAUCCAAAGGUAAAAAGGAAAAACCAAAGGAGAAAGAAAAAGAGAAAGUGAAAGGGAAUUUGAAAAAAGACGAAAAAAGUGAUUUGAACUGCAAAAAUAAUGACAAGACAGCAAGACCAGCAAAGAAGAAGGAUGUGAAGAUAGAAGAGAAGAAAGACAAAAAGAAAGAAGAGAAAAAAGAUGGGAAGAAGUCUGAGAACAAAGAUGGGAAGAAGAAUGACAAAGAUGGAAAAAGGGUGGAAAAGAAAAGAAAGUCAAAGGAUGAAAAUGACAAUCUGGAAAAGAACAAAAAGCAGGAACGCAAACCAAGUUACAGUGGCUGGAAGUUCGAAGGGCCACCAGAAGAGAAAUGUGUUAUAAGCAUAGAUGACAAUCCUCCAGUUCGUAGGAUGUGCUAUCCUGCCAUCAAACACGAUGAUGGAGACAUAAUACGUGUUCGAGACUGUGUUCUACUGAAAUCUGGACCAAGGAAGACAGACUUGCCAUAUGUAGCCAAAAUUGCUGCCUUCUGGGAGAUGCCUGAGGACAAGGAGAUGAUGAUGAGUGUGUUAUGGUAUUAUCGCCCUGAGCACACCGAGACCUGCUCACUACCCAAGACUGUCCCCAACGAGAUCUUUGCUUCGAAGCACAGAGAUGAAAACAGUGUGGCAUGCAUUGAUGACAAGUGUUACGUUCUGACGUUUGCCGAGUACUGCAGGUAUCAGGGCAGACUGCGCAUGGAACAAGAGCAGUUAUAUGUGAAACCUUCAAUAGUACCAGAACCUGAAGAUAUUCCCCUGGUCAAGUGCAGACGAACUCCAGUAGGAGCGGAUCCAGAAACUGUCUUCAUUUGUCGUUAUGUCUAUGACUUUAGACAGAAAAGAAUUCUCAAAAAUCCAGUAUGAAAUUUUUUGCAACUAGUGAUUUUAUUUUUAGGCUUUUAUUUUUUGUUUCCUUUUAAAAAAUCAGCAGCUUUAUUUAUAUAAGUAUUAUUUUUACUAUUAUAAAUAGUCUCUCUCUCUAGACAAAGUGGAAAUAGUACAUGGAAGACACAAACUUGUAGUUUCCACUCCGAAAAUUGUUUUGAAUCUUACAAAGAGUUAAAAAUGAUUCCAGUAAACAUUUGACAUCAGUAAAUUGUUACUAGUACAGUUUUUUAAAAGUAUUUCAUAAUACAAAAUAUUUGUUGUCAUUUUAUGUCUAGUUUUUUUUUUUUUUUU